AGUGGGCCGGGAGGGACCACUUAGCCGGCCAGAGACAAGGGUCGGGUGGGAGUUGGCGGUUAUAGGGAGUUCAGGGUGAGGACCCCGAGAGAAGAACCCGCAAAGGAAAUCCCAGAGGCGGGCAGGCGGGUGGCCGGCGGGGAGCACGCCCUGCAACGCACUGACCCAGGGCGCGCGGGCGGAGCCCCUGAUCCCCUGGUCGGGUCCUGGGGCACGGUGCUCCGGCCGGGGAUGAGCUCCCCGCCACCCGCCCGCAAGGGCUUUUAUCGCCAGGAGGUGACCAAAACGGCCUGGGAGGUGCGCGCCGUGUACCAGGACCUGCAGCCCGUUGGCUCUGGUGCCUAUGGUGCAGUGUGCUCUGCAGUAGACAGUCGCACUGGCAACAAGGUGGCCAUCAAGAAGUUGUACCGGCCCUUCCAGUCGGAGCUGUUUGCCAAGCGCGCCUACAGAGAGUUGCGCCUCCUCAAACACAUGCGCCACGAGAACGUCAUUGGGCUACUGGAUGUGUUCACUCCUGAUGAGACUCUGGAUGACUUCACAGACUUCUACCUGGUGAUGCCUUUCAUGGGCACUGAUCUGGGCAAGCUCAUGAAGCAUGAGACUCUGAGUGAAGACAGAAUCCAGUUUCUUGUGUAUCAGAUGCUGAAGGGAUUGAAGUAUAUACAUGCUGCUGGUGUCAUCCACAGAGACUUGAAGCCUGGCAACCUUGCGGUGAAUGAGGACUGUGAGCUGAAGAUCCUAGACUUUGGCCUUGCCAGGCAGGCAGACAGUGAGAUGACAGGAUAUGUGGUGACCCGGUGGUAUCGGGCACCAGAGGUCAUCUUGAAUUGGAUGCGCUACACGCAGACAGUGGACAUUUGGUCCGUUGGCUGCAUCAUGGCAGAGAUGAUUACUGGAAAGAUCCUGUUCAAAGGCAAUGACCACCUGGACCAGCUGAAGGAGAUCAUGAAGGUCACAGGGACGCCCCCUCCUGAGUUUGUGCAGAAGCUACAGAGUGCUGAGGCUAAGAACUACAUGGAAGGCCUCCCUGAGUUGGAAAAGAAGGAUUUUGCCUCUGUCCUGACCAACGCAAGCCCUCAGGCUGUGAGUCUCCUGGAAAAGAUGUUGGUGCUGGAUGCAGAACAGCGGGUGACAGCAGCUGAGGCAUUAGCCCAUCCAUACUUUGAGUCCCUUCGGGACACUGAGGAGGAGUCCAAGGUCCAGAAAUAUGAUGACUCCUUUGAUGAUGUAGACCGAACCCUUGAGGAAUGGAAGCGUGUUACUUACAAGGAAGUGCUCAGCUUCAAGCCGCCCAGGCAGCUAGGAGCCAGAGUUACAAAGGAGACGGCUCUGUGAAGACCUGUGGGUGGGUUGGGGGGUAUCCUAAGGAUGCUGGCUGGGAGCUUCACAGGCACCUUGGCUUCCCUUCUCUGGAAGAGGAAUCCUGGCUAGCACUCUGACAGUGCCUGGAGCUUUUAUCCCAAGUCAUCCACCUGGAAAGGCUGUGUAGACCCUCCAUCUCCAAACCUCUUCUUCAGUUUUUGAGUGCCCCCAGAUGACCCUGGCAGAACAUCUAAGCUUUCUGUCCAAGACCCGUACCCAACAUGGGACUAGCCUUUGAAUUCUGGAGUUGUGUAUGAGAUCAGUGUUCGUGAAAAAGCCCCAGAGUGGGCAGGAGACAAGUGCUAGACCCAAGCUCUGCUUGCUCUGGACAAUGCCAAGGCCAACUUCUGAGAUGGAAGGAGAUCAAGGUUUUGGGGACACUGACUCAGGGACAUCAUCUCUUCUGGGAUCGGGUGGAUUCUCUUACACCCUUAGCCUGGAAUGUAAAUCAGCCAUUUGGUGUGCCUAAGUGGCUGGGGACAAAUAAACACUUUUGUAGAUCUCCCA